AACAGGUUUAAAUGUAAACAUGUUCAUCUCUUCUGGCCUGUAGCAUAAAUGACCUUUAGAGUGAGCUCUUCCAGUGCAGAGUUUCCUGAUAGGAACUGGUCUUCUUCUUCUCUCCAUCCUCAUCCUCAUCACUGCCUGCUUCAUGUGGAGAUGCAGGUCCAGCAGACGAGGGACUGACAAACAGCUCCACGUCUAUGAUGAGAUACCAGCUGGAGCAGAACUUCAUCCUAUAAAUGGAGGAUCAGACCACAGUGAUGCCACAUACGACACCAUCGCUGAGCUGCCACAGACUGGAAACACGACCGGUUCUUCACAGCCCGCCAACAACACGUAUGUCUUACUGGAGAAACCCAAAGCAUCCAGAAGCAGGCCGGACCGGUGUAGCUUCACCUGAAUGUCCUGCUGUCAGGAACAGUCUGCCUCAGCACAGAUGUUCAUGGGAACAUGUAACAUGCAUAUGUCGAGAUGAUUCUGAAUUAUUGUGAAACUGCAGCUGAUGAAAUCGACCCAGGAGGCUUUUGUUAGUGUGUCUGUCUUUAAACACUUACGCUAAAAAGCUUAAAUAAAUUCUGACCCAACUGUGCUGAGGUGCAGAGCUCAUGGUCACACCCACCCACUCAUCCAGCUCAGGGUGGCUGCGGUGGGGGGUGGAGCCUGAAAUCUGUCCUCCGUCCAUCGCCGUGUUCGAGGUUCAUGAUUCAUCGGUGGAAAAUUGACAAGAAACUAAAAGCUUUGAUUCUUACAGUGUGCUGUAGUGUGUGUGUUUGACCUCUGACCUUUCCUCCAGUCAGUAGAUUGAUCUGAAGGUCAAAGUGAUAAAAAUCCUUUACAGACAUGAUUAUAAAGACAAAAGCUUGUAAGAUAAGAAAUGUUGGCCUGAGAAAGUUUCUGAGUGCAGUUGAUUCACUUCAUGAACACGUGAAUAAAAGCUUUGAUUUAAACCGUUUUGGUAUUAAUGACGAAACAUGUCACACGUCUGCUGCAGUCACAUUUAAAACACUGAUAAUAUUCACAUUUAGAUCAAGUGAACUUGGAAAACAGUAGAUUUGUGUUGACUUUGUGUUUGACUCGUGUUUGUGUGCAGACGUGUCCGCUGAGCUUCACAGCUUCAGCUGUUGAAAGCGCAGACGGCCCAUCAGCUGCUCAGCUUCCUUCCUGUGUCGCCGUCAUCGGUCUGUUAAUAACACAUGAAUGAACCUGGACAAACACACAAGCUAUGUUACUCUGAUUCAGCGCUUCUGCUGCUCUCGUCUCUUCCAGCUCCCUUACUUAUUUCUUAGUCUUUAGGUUUAGUUAAUGUUCCUCGCCUGUGUUCCAUGUUACAUCCUCCACGCCGUGGAGGUGACAGCGUGGAGGUUUGUAGCUGUAAGAUUCAGAAUUGCGACCUCAGGACUUCAUCUGUUUAUAAUCAUCCAAACAGACAGUGAGCGCAGCAAACACGUGUCACGUGUACGUGUUUCUGACAUUUAUCAGCACUGAGCGACGAGCACGCUGAGCUGAUGAGAAACAUGCUGUGAGCCCACAGAGUGCUAAUGUGAGCUGAUGACUGCAGUCAGGAUGAAGCUGGACGUGUGCUGCUGCCUGUUAGCAGCCGCUGCUCUGGGCUCUAACGUCGCUGCAGAUUUCAUCCAUAAAAUCCCUGAAGAGAAGCAGCUCAUCGCUGUGCGCUGUCCUCACUGUGGAGGGUGGAGUGAGGUGAAGCAGAGAGAGUGGAGGAAGCAGAGCUGACGUACUUACAGCUGAUGGAGACGGAGACACAUCAACGAUCCACAGGCUGACGGGUCUCUGAUCGUCCUCAGAGCUGCUCCCUCAGACUCUGGCAGAUACUUCUGUAGCCAUGAAGCAGCUGUGGAGCUGACAGCGAUCCAUCAGGAAAUCCUCAGGAUCAAACCUUCCACGCCUCCUGCUGCGAGCAUGAUGUCAUCAUGUUUACCUUUUGUUUGACUUUCACACAAACAUUCAGAGGAACAAAGGUUAAAAUCUCAGCUAGUCCUUCAUCCGAGAGCUUCCAGCUGCUCAUCAGAUCCAUGCGACACAGCAGACCUGCAGCGGGAGCACGCCUCUUUAUUUUCCAGGCCGCUGACGCUCCCUGAGUCACUGAGGACGAGGAAGGAGAGGAAGAGCGGUGCAGGGACAGACAGGCUCGAGGCGCGUCGGCAGCUCUGCAGCUCCACGUUUGUUCCUGAACAUGUUCUCCUGUCACGUUUGGUUCCUGCUCUCAGGUCUGAUCGGCUGCACGGGAAACUCCACAGCAGCGAUCUGGUUUUCGGUCCCUGAGAAUCACCACGUCUGUCUGCCGUGCGGCAGCUCUGGCAGCUCAGACGUGAUCUGGACUCGGCAGGAUCAGGAGGUCCUGGUGACCCGACGGGGCGGCUACAAGACCAACAAGGACCGCCGGCGCUACCGCCUCAUGGUUAAUGGCGACCUCUGCGUCUGGCAUCUGAAGGAGUCGGAUCAUGGAAGAUACCGCUGUAACCAGCAGCUGGUGGCUGAGCUGCAGGUGCUGACAGGUCGGGACUACACGGUGUCCGCGGGCCGGACGCUGCUGCUCCCCUGCAGCGGCUCCUCCAAACUCAAACAGAGGUGGUUCCAGCAGAGGGAGGGCGAGAGGCGGGAGGCCGUCCUCACCAAGUACAGAAACGGUACGGUGAAACCAGAAAGGGGCGGCGGCCGGCUGAGCUUCACCAACGACGCCCUGCAGAUCCAGGACCUGCAGCCAGAGGACGCUGGAGAGUACGUCUGCAACGGGCUGCUGCAGGCCAGAGUCACGGUCCUCGCAGCACACGCAGAGACGAGCAGCCAGCCUCCGUCCACCAGCACACCUCCAUCACCUGCAGUGGUGACAGCCGAAGUGGGAGAAAUAAAGAAGAAGAGCAACACGAGACCUGAGAACGUUCUGCUGCUGGUUGCUGUCGUCAGCGUGGGGUUGAUGGUCAUCUUCUUAGCUGCUGUCUGUGUGUUGCUGACCAGCAUGAAGUGCAGGAGGAGGAAACGCAGAGCUGCAGCACCGACACGUGAAGACACAGAGCUGCAGCCAUGGAUGACGUCCAGCGCACCGACAGAGGGUGAGGACUUAGAGACCCCGCCCCUCUGUGGGGAGACGAUCCACUACGCCUCUCUGGGCCGACAGAACUGGAGAGAGAGACCCAGCAGGAGUCCGCCGGAGCAGAGCCACCACAGCGUCAUCUACUCCUCUGUCAUCAGCAGACCUGCAGCGAGAGCUGAGCACAAACUCUGAAAGUCUGAAAGUACGGUCGUGUGACGGGAAGCUUAGUUUCACCUGCAACACAAGCUGUUAAAAUCCUGUCAGUCAGUUUGGUUUCAUGUUUCACUCUCUGCUUCAGCAGCACAGCUGCUCUCACUGAGUCUUUACAUGUUACAGCGAGGACUCGUUUACAGGCGUCCACAUGUGGAGCGUCACAUCUGGACCGGCGGCCAUCAGGACAGAUCGUGGUGUCAGAAUCAGUUUAUUAGUAACAGACAAAGUGUGGAAUCUGUUCAUGGAAGCAGCACAGCAAACAUAUUUACAGCAGCAAUAUUCAGACACAUGUUUAAACACAGACAGAUUCCAAACUGACCCGAGGGAACUAUUCACACACAUGUGGGUAAAAAAGGAUUUUCUUUAGUUUAGUAAUUAUUUUUUGAAAGUGCGCUGCUGUGGCAGAUUUACAUUCAUGGCUGUUACUUUAUUAUUAACAGAAAUGUUUUACAAACGUUUUACUUUCAUUGCAACUUUCUGGAUAUUUAACAUUUAAAGGUUCUUAAACACUGAGUUUUUCUGCUCACUGAAAAAUAAAUCUUAUCUGUUUACACAAACAAAUAAACUAAAAUCUAGAUUUUGAAAUCUAAUCACAUAUUUUCACAGUUUUAUUAAUUUAAAAAAUUCAUUUACGCUCAAUCAAAGUGCUUCUAUCUGUGGUCAUGUGAUGCCUUCUUGCACAUGUUCACUGUUGAGUACAGGACCUUCUCUUCAGCCAAUCCGGUUCCUCUCCUGGUGGUGGGGCGGGGCUUGUCUGGAUGCUUCAGGCUGGAAUAAUGCAAAGACUCUUCCUGCAGAGACACAACGAGUAAAAAAUCUGAUUAAACUGCAGGUCAUCAUGCUGCAAGUUCAUGUGUGAGGUCUCUACAUCUGGCUUCCCUGCACUGCGUCGUGCUCAGCACAGGCCUGUGAAUCCUCUGAAUCCCAGCGUUCAGCUGUGCUGAAGAUAAAAGCUGCCAAAUAUUUAUGUUCAUGUUUCAGUGAAAGCACCUUUUCAGGUUUUACUGGCAAAACAAAGAAAUGAGGGUUGGUUCAAGACUUUUGCACAGUGCUGUGCUGCAUGAGGAGCUUGUUUUAGAAGCAGUAAUAAAACAGAACAUGUUUGAAACUCACACAGAGAGAUUCACUCACUUUAAUUAUUUGCUCGUAAAGGAGGAAACAUGAUUUUUAAAGAUUGUUCGUGUGACUGUUCGUGACCUUC